AUGAAUCUAACUCCUUUGCUUUGGAUUGCCUGUCUUCGUGUCGGCUUGGUAUUUGGUGCGGCAAAUUUUGCAGUUCCAUGGAGCUCGACCAAAUAUGGGCCAGACGGACCCUGGCAGGCAGUUAAGGUAUCUGUGGGAGGGGUGGAUGAAACUCUGCGUUACAAUCUCCAGUCCACAGAUUUGGAUCUUUACCCGGGCUCAAGAUACGCGUCGCAGAUUCUGGUUCCCGAGGCAUGCGAACCUCAUGAAAGAGAUGGAAUCUGCGGCAAAGGGGGCAAGUGGGAUAUCACAGCGAAAUCGACAAUGGCCAUCAGUUGGCCAGGCUCUUAUGAAAACCCUCCAAUGAACCAGACCAGUGGAGAGUGCGAUUUCAAUAUCCAAGGGCUUACGAUCAACGAUAUCACGGUGUGGAAUACCAGCCUAGUCGCUGUCGACAAUGUGACCAUCACCACGGCAAAAGGCAUUACCUACGGCCCACCCGUUGGCCUGCUGGCUCUUGGAGGCGACAAAACUGUACAAGAAUUUACGACAAGCUCCUCGAGAACGGGUGCAUUGCGCACUUAUAUCUACCCCGGAGGUCUGUAUGAUCAGGAUAUCAUACCGUCGUAUUCAUACACGUUGCAAAUAGGGUCUGCAGCCCACGACUAUGUCGGCUCAUUGGUGUUUGGCGGAUACGACAAAGGAAGAAUCAUCGGGCCAUAUACAACCUCCGCCGAAACUACAUUUCGCCUCCUCGAUAUCGGAAUCGGUGUCCAAACCGGCGGCUCUCCAUUCCCUUUUAAGAAGAAAGACAACCUGUUGGUUACCGGUACAUCCUCCGAUGACCAUGUUACCGUUUACCCGGACGCGACAUUGCCGUAUAUGUUUUUGCCUGCACAAACCUGCGAAGAAAUUGUGAAGCACCUGCCAGUUGAGUGGGAUUCAGAAUUAAGCUAUUAUCUGUGGAAAACGGAUGAUCCUCUUUAUAAGUCGAUAACGUCGUCGCCUGCUUAUCUUAGCUUCACCUUUCCUCCCGCGAGCGGUGCGGAGGAUAAUGUGGUCAUUAAAGUUCCCUUUGCGCUACUAAAUCUCACCCUCGAGUCACCGAUUACGGAGUCACCGAAAAUAUAUUUUCCAUGCUACCCCUUUAGCCUCACAGAGAAUGAUGAUAACUAUCACCUUGGACGAGCUUUUCUCCAAGCCGCUUUUCUUGGGAGAAACUGGUUAUCAAAAAUGACAUGGCUCGCGCAGGCUCCCGGGCCAGGCAGCCAGCUUGAAGGUCUGGGUAAACAACUUGAAGAUAUUCCCGACCGCGCCAACACACUUUCAUAUUUUGACCCCGAAGGCCAGUUUCAGAGAUCAUGGGAGAAUUAUUGGCAACCUUUAGAACGUGAUUUAUCACCGCAAUCACCCGAAUCGACGCCGGGCCCUCCGACCGACGACAAGGAUGACAGCGGUCUCGGCACCGGGGCGAAGGUCGGCAUUGCUAUAGGAGCCAUUGUAGGAGCUCUUAUUAUUCUUGGGGCCGUAUUCUACUUCAAACGGCGGAGCAAGCGCCCCGUUAUGGGGCCAAGUCACACGUUUACUCCAGUAGAACAAGGAAAAGAGCAGCCAAUUCAAUACUAUGGGGGACCCGCAGUCGAGAUUCAAGGCUCAGAGCCGACGAGGUAUGAGAUGGAUGCUGGCACGCGGUAACAAGGGAGUAUUUGGAAGAAGUAGAUCAAGAUGGAUAGGUGGAGUAUGAGAAAAGAUGCUGGCACUUGGUACAUUCAAUGUAGAUACAUAAUAUCCGGACCUAAUCGUCCAUCGCUAUACGCUAAUUUUGUAUGAUUUUUUGAUUCUAUUCGCGACUGGAGUUAUAGGGCACAGAAAUCGUGAGUUAUGAGUAUAUACAUGCGGAGUACUUCAUGGGA